CAUAUAGGUUAGUAUGAAGUUGUCUUCAUUUUAAUUUCGAAUGGCAUGACUUUAGCUCACACUCUUUUAGUAGUAUUUUAUCGAACAAUGUCCGCGUCAGCAAUAUUGACGCCACUUGGCGUCCGGGGUAUGAAAAUUUUAGAACGUGAAAAAUUCAUUCGCAAGAUCCAAACGCCCGUGUUAAGAGUUCCAGCUGAGAAGUUGUCAAAAAUCACACCAAAUUGCAAGGAUUACUUCCUCAAAUUAGAAAACUUUAAACCUGUUCAGAAUGACAGUGAUAAUAAGCUAAAAUGCAUCUUCUUUAAUCCUGAAAAAAUCAGCAUGUAUACUGACGUCACUGAAAGUCAUCGCCAGGGACUUUUAGAAGUUGGAGUGACAGAGAAUAACUUUGAGUUGAAAGAUAUUCACUUGUCGUAUGAGAACUGGUCGUAUGGGACAAUCUUCAAGGCUGUUUUGCCAGAAAAUGAAGAUAUAGUCAGCGGUUUCACUCAAGUUGGGCACAUCAUUCAUCUAAAUUUGAAGGAGCAUCUAUUGGAGUACCGCUCACUAAUAGGCCAGGUGCUUCUAGACAAGAUUAAGAGCUGCCGGACUGUGGUAAAUAAGAGCAGCAUCAUUGACAACACCUACCGCAACUUCAGUAUGGAAGUUAUUGCCGGAGAAGAAGAUUUUAUUGUGACUGUUAAAGCAAACCAGUCCAACUUUAUGUUUAAUUUUUCUAAAGUUUACUGGAACUCCCGUCUUGGACAAGAACAUGAGAGGAUCCUAGGCUUUUUGAGGCCGGGAGAUGUGUUGUUUGAUGUUUUCUGUGGCGUAGGCCCAUUUGCCAUACCUGCAGUGAAGAAGAAAUGCAAAGUGUUUGCUAAUGAUCUGAAUCCUGACUCCUUUAAAUGGUUAAAUCAAAAUGCCAAGUUAAAUAAACUUAACAUGAGUCUUUUCAAGUCAUAUAAUCUGGAUGGGAAAGAUUUUAUAUUGAAUAAUUUCAAAGAAUACAUUACAGAUUGUUGUUUAGGUAAGGAGAAGUUAGAAAAGGGAGCAAAGUUACAUAUAACAAUGAAUUUGCCAGCAAUAGCUGUGGAGUUUUUAAAAUACUUCAAUGGUUUAAUUGAAGAUCAAAGUCUUGCUGCAAAAUUGGACUUUGAAAUAAUUGUUUAUGUGUACUGUUUUGCCCCAGGUGAUGAUGUUUUGGCAGCAAAGACUAUGGUCAUUAAAAACAUAGGUUGUGACAUAACAGAUGACAUAAUAGAUAUUUAUGAUGUAAGGAAUGUGUCACCGAAGAAGGAAAUGAUAAGAGUCACUUUUCGACUCGGUAAAAAAGUUCUAUUUAGUGUUAGUGACAGUGUCAGUGAACCACCUAAGAAAAAACUUUGUCUAGAAAACGAAUAGUGCAUUUAAACUAGUGUUCAUGGACUUUAAUAAAGUGUAAAGUGUAUCAUGUUUUCUAAAGAGAUAGUUCUGUUAACACAUAAGAGUAUUUAAAUAAAUAGCUUACUGUAACAAGUGUUUUAUUUGAUUAUCUUAUCUCUUCAAGUGGCAUAUGUAAUUUUUGGGUUAUUGGGAUUUUGUUUUUAUUCCAAUAAAUCAAAUUUGAAAUUUAAAUAACAUUAUCGGUCGAGAGUUGACAGCCUACCACUUCAAGGGUUAUAUUUCGAUAAAUAAAUAUAUUUAUCAGGCCAUUUGUAGAGAUAAUUUAUAGGACUAGAAUAUUGUAGGACUGAAAGAGGGUUUUCGCCGCCAUUGACUUAAUAUAAAGUCGGUACAUUUCUGUCCCACACGCCACGACUUCAGAUCAAAUCAUGGUUUUACAAUAAAAAGCUCAAAUUCUUUUUGAGUUACAGUAUUAUAAUAAGCAUUUACAUUUUAGGUAAAAAAUCGAAAAAAAAUCAACAAAACCAAUUUUUUUUUUGUAAAAUUGAUCUAAAGUCAUAUAAGAAUUAUUCCUUCUUUUGGCCUCAGAAAUGCGUGGUAAGA